UUAUAUAUAUAUAUAAACAUAUCUAUCAUAUGCCAGAGAAACAGUAUUAGUUCAAAAUAGCAAUCUGUGUUUAAUACUUGAUGCAGAUACAUCAUAGAAAGCUAUAUUAACUGCGGUAUCUGUCAGGAGAUAUCUCUUCACAGGUAUCUCAGAAAUAUAUCGCAGAAGUAUAUCAAUAGCGGAUAGAAAUCAUCCAGCAUCUAUGGUGGGAUUGAUACAUGCACAUUUCUGCUCUCCUGGGCUUUAUCAGCAGCACACAUUCACUUGCAGUCACAUGCCAAGACAAAAAUAUAUAUAAAAAUAUUAAUAUAUAAAUAUUUGCUGGAUAUCAAUCGUAGAUAGAAGUUUGGAAGGUAAAACAGCACAAAUGGAAUGAGAGUUGGACAGAUGGAGCUCAUGGGAGGUUACUACAUGUAGACAAAAGUUCAAAAGGUGGUGAUGAACAUUUUAUAAAUAAUCAAAAAAUAAAGCUACGCACAAUGAAGAGUACGCUGCAAAGAAGAAAUACAUAUAUAUAUAUAAUUCAUUUUCAACUGUGGAACACAUUGUAAAAAAAACUAUAAAGACUAGCGUGUAAAUACUGAGUUAAAAGUAACCAUUUUGGUAGAGGUCAAAGGCUGCCUUUGGUGAAAUAGCACAAAUUGAAGGAAGGAUAUAAGACACUGACAGAUGGUCAGUGUGCGCGGACAAGCUUCUUACAUUAAGAAAUAUUUCCGUUGUUUAAAUGAGCUUUCUUACAUGCCUAUAAACAGAUAAAUAUUUACAGACACGCAUAUACACACACAUACAUAUAAAUAUAUACAUAUAUAUGCAUGUAUAUAUUUCUAUAAGAGUCCUAUGAUGACAGUAUGUGCUACAACCCAGUUUCAAAUCAUAGUUGUUCUUUCCAGUCGUUACAAUAACACACCAGGGGUCUCUGAAGCUGUUGUUAUAGAGAAAGGGGGUAGAAAAGAAGGAAAAAGAAAAGAAGCAAGAGUAGGAGUGAGUAGAACAUUUGGAGCGGGAGGAUAUUGUAGAGGAGGAAGAGGAAAUAGAGGUAAAGAAAAAAGGGGAACUGGUGCUUGGCUAAAAAGGAUUAGAGUAGGCAGAAGGGGAGGAGGAGUUGGUGCGUUCAGAAUGGGAAGAUUAUUGUUAUCAGAUGAAGGAAGAGUUGGCGGUGGUGGUGGCGCCGGUGAUGUCGCCGUUCUUGUGGGUGGUGGCGCCAGUAGUACAGUAACGUUGGAUACUAGUCACGGUGUCGUUGCUGUUGCCAGCGGUGGUGUUGUUGGUGUCCACGAUGACAGCGGGAGUAGCUUCAUCGAUGAUGGGAAUUUCUGGAAAGCUCUCUCCGCUAACCAGACCUCGGAAGAAAUCAUCCCGUCUGGGAUCCUCUAUGCUGGCGGUGUCGUUAUGCUUUUGGCCACUGUCGCUGGACUCUGCGGGAAUUUGGUCAUCCUGGCAGCUCUUUGGAACCGCAAAAAUAUGAAAAACAUAAUCAAUAUAUUUGUCACCAGCCUAUGUAUCAAUGACCUUAUGAACCUGUUGCUCAACAACGCCAUGGUAACCGUGUCCUAUUUUUUCAGAUCCUGGCCCAGUAACCUCUUGCACUGCGAGUCGUUGGCACAUUUCACUGUGCUAUUAAUGGGUUGCUCGCUGUGGCACACGGGACUCAUAGCCGUGCACCGCUUCCUUGUGGUCGUUUGCAACCAGUUCUACAUGACAAUGUCGAAAAACAUUUACACAGCCUUCGUGUUGACCUUCUCCAGGGUCGUGCCAUUAUGCUUUCUGUUGAAUCCGGACCUCGGCAACAUGGUCAAGUACGAACCGAAGCUGUUGCGGUGUCUGAUCAAAGAGGAGUUUGUACUUUUUAAAACGCUGGUCAGUGUCGUCCUCAUGAUCAUCCCAUCCAUUCUUGUAAUUAUCUGCUAUGUGGCGAUUUUCAUAAAAUCUUACAUCGCUUCGGCCGCAUUACGUUCAAGUCAAAACAGUGAAUGGCUACGCCGCGAAAUUCAAAUCACCAAAAUGUUCGGUAUAGUCUUCUUAGUAAUUUACGUUGGGUAUAUUCCUUAUGGAAUAAUCCGGAGCAUUGACCGCCAGUUGAAAUACAGCGGCAGCGUAUAUGCUGUUAUAACCGUGCUGUAUGCGGUCGCCAAUACGGUGAAUCCGCUUAUAUAUGGUGCCAUGGACAAGAGAAUCUACAGGGCCUGUGUUAACAUGUUUUGCACUUCGAAAAGGCAGGUUCAAAUCCAGGAACAGGUGCAACUGCAUUCACAGCGAAAUGAACUUGCUGAUACGGGACUGAAUAACAUAAAAGAAACCAAAAACAUAUCUACUUGUUGAAAAUAAUGGGGGGAAACCCCCCCGAAAAACAAGCAAAAAGAUAAUAAUGAUAAUAAUAAUGAUUUCAAUGGUUUCGGAUUUUUGCACGAGGUCAGCAAUUUUAGAGGUGGGGUUAAGUCGAAAGUAUCAAUUCCAGUACUUGACUGGUACUUUAUUUCAUUGACCCCCCUGAAAGGAUGAAGGAUAAAGUCGACAGUGACAUGAACUUGCUGAUACGGGACUGGAUAACAUAAAUGAAGCCAAAAAAAUAUCCACUUGUUGAAAAUAAUGGGGGGGAAAAAAACCUGAAAGACAAGCAAAAAGAUAAUAAUGAUAAUAAUAAUGAUUUCAAUGGUUUCAGAUUUUUGCACGAGGUCAGCAAUUUUAGAGGUGGGGGUAAGUCGAAAGUAUCAAUUCCAGUACUUGACUGGUACUUUAUUUCAUUGACCCUCUGAAAGGAUGAAGGAUGAAAAGUCAACUGUGGUCAUAUUUGAACUCAGAACUUAAAGAUCUGGAAGAAAUUUUGCAGAGUAUUUUGUCCAUCCAGUUGCUGAAAUA